AAGCCCUACAUCCAUAAUAAUCUUCAAAUUUCAUUUCGAGCAGGCAAAUAAAAGAUUGAAAAUUUCUGUACUAAGGGAAAAUUAAAUCAAGAACGAAUCGAUGGCAACAAGUGAAAAUGAAUUAACGAAGAGGCUCGAAGAAUUACAAAAACAGCUCGCGAAGAAACAAAUGUUUGAGGGAUCGGUUUCCACCAUUAGAUCUCUUCUUCAACAACACUAUUCCUCUGCUUCGCCUUCUCUUCAACAAUUGUUCUACUCUGUUAUAUGUCGAGUUGCAACUAUUUUAAAGACGAGGUACACCUCUCCAGGAUUCUGGAAUGCUGGGCUAACACUUUUCCAGGUGGCUGAGCGGCUGGUCUCCAAUACUUCUGAGCGAAAACACUUGCAAAGUUGCAUGACUCAGGCCCGGGAGCAGUUGGGUGAAGUACAAAAUCUUUCCGAAGAUUUGAGACCCUCACAGAAUAGGAGAGGAUACCUCUUUGAAGGGCAUCUUACUGUAGAUCCUGAGCCUCCGCAACCUGAUUGGUUAGUGCAAGAAAACUUGCUGACUGCUACCGCUACCUUAUUACGUGGAGAAUCUUCUGGAGGUGAAGCUGGUACUGGCAACACAUUAGAAGGUGCUGCCAACCUAAUUGAAGAGCUGGUCAGUAGACUUGAUGAUAUUGUGCCGGAGAUUCUGGACAAUGAUGCUGCAGUCCCUAGAGUACCACCUGCGAGUAAAGAAGUAGUUGCUAAGCUUCCAGUUACUUCUGUAACUGAAGCAGUGUUGGCAAAGCUGGGGGAAGAUGCUGUUUGUUCCAUUUGCCAGGAGACUUUGGUUGUAAAUGAUAAGAUGCAAGAGUUACCCUGCGAGCAUAUGUUUCAUCCUCCUUGCCUUAAACCGUGGCUGGAUGUACACAAUGCUUGUCCAAUCUGUCGGCAUGAACUGCUAACUGAUGAUCAUGCCUAUGAAAGUUGGAAGGAGAGGGAGAAAGAGGCUGAGGAAGAGAGAAAAGGUGCAGCAAAUGCCGUUCGAGGGGGUGAAUACAUGUAUGUGUAAAUGGUAAAUAUUUAUUUUGCUGCGGCCGUCUCUCCUCUCCUUAUACCUCAUUAAGGUUGGACUUAUAUCCUUACUGAAUUUGAUGCUUGGGUGGAUAAAAGUACUUGCUAGAUAUUUAUUUGCAAUUAUUAUGGAAUGUAUUUGCGCAACGGAUGCUAAAAAACUUAUCUUUCAAUUUUCAAGUGGUUACUGAACUUCAUGUUGUCACUACUUGGAUUACUGUUUCAA